CCGGCACCAUCUUCCCUCGGGGCAUCGCAGCGGGCACGGGUCGCGUCCCACGGUCUCGUGGUCGGGGACUCUGCACCCUCCACCCGCUGCCGUGCUUUCGUGCAGAAGAAAGUCGAGCAUCAGGACCCCGUCUUGAACCUGCCCGAAGAUGAUGAUUGCGAUGGCUGAUGUGUUCGACGACUGCUUCGAAAAAUGGAAAGCAGAGGAGCUGGUCAAGUUCAUGGAGCUGUUCCUGGUCGUCCCGAUGCAGGAGGUAACGACUUCGGACAACACUGAUCGAGAAAUUACUCCUUUGAGCUCUUCCACGCGGUACAAAUUGAUGGAGAGUAGAAACUUUCUUCUAUACUUGGUAGAAAAAACUCGAGAAGAGUAUCCUGAUGAAACAGCUGCUCUCUCAAUGGACGAAAUCCUUCGACUGGGUGCGGUAAAGUAUAUGGAAAAAAAAUCAUCGAAUCGGUAUCACUUCGAUGAUCUGUCUGAAGCCAUGACCUCUGUCAGGACUAUGAGUCGCGCGUUCUUGAAGGCAGCUCAGUGGGCGAGCAAGGUAAUUUUCCAUCUGACGCACGCUUUGGUGUUCGGCAGUAUCAUAUUACUGGCAGCGCUCACGGUGGGGAGUCUGACACUCAGCUUAUGGAUCAUGUCAAUUGGCGGUCAAUUGGUCUUAUCCGUUUCCUUCAUGAUGUACUUGAUGAUUUCGCCUUUCUUCGUAUCGUUCCUUCCGGCCAUCGCAACGCUGGUAGCGCUGCUUGUUCUCGCUGCUUUGAGCAGCGUGAUCUUUGGAUCCGUCUGCUUCGGCCUGUCCUCUCUGCUGUGCUGGAGCCGUGAUUAUAUGCUCGGCCACGACACUCCUGGUGCGAGAAAGUUUGCUGCACUUCUCGGGCGUGCGAGGGCUUUACUCGCAAACGGUCUGCUUCGUCUCAGAGAAUUUGCUCGAAUUGUUGUUGGAUGUUGUCGAUACAUCAAGCAUAUCGUAAGUCUUAUUCCAGUCAGGCUUAUGCUACUAACGAAGAGUAGGAUACCUCUGAUGCCGAUAACGAGAUCUGAGCCAAGCAAGACGCUGUAGGUUGGUUUGUAUGAACUGCAGCUGACUCAAGGAGUUGACCUGCAACGCAAGGAUUUCGGGUUUAGAGUCAGCUCAGUAUGAGAUCUAGGUGCACUUUUAGUAUGUCCACGGGUUAUAUGUAGAGCUUUCAGAAGUCGCCAUACAAGGUUCACAGAAGCUGCGAUGUGCACAUACUUUGCACUAAUAUGAUCGUUCUCCACUGAGUAAGAACUGCCCCCAUGCACUUAACUCUUCAUCGCCAUCGUAAGAACAAAUUAUUUCAAUCUGAUGAAAAAAAACUGUUGUAUCCUACUGGUUCAGC